AUGGAUGUUGAUUCGGAGCCACUCAAUUCACAAGAGAACGUUGAAGAUUGCUUGAUGACCAGUGUGGAAGAGAAUGUAAAUUGCACUUGUGAUUGCGGUGGCAGCAGUAGCAAGUGUGUUGUUGUGACGGCCGAUGAUAUUAUAAACCAGACAUUUGAAACAUCAGAUGCAGCUUAUAACUUGUAUGUGCGUUAUGCAAGGUGUGUCGGGUCCGGAGUUCGCAAGGGUGAUAUAGCACGUGGAAAAGAUGGAACACAACGCAGAAGGCGAUUUUUUUGCAACAAGGAAGGAAAGAGAGCCGAUAAAUACAUCUCUAAUUUGAACAGGAAAAGGGAGCAUAAAGCACUGACUCGUACGGGUUGUGAAGCCAUGCUUGCGGUGUACUUUGAUGCCAAAACUUCAGCUUGGAGAGUUAAAAAAUUAGUUGAGAAGCACAACCACGAUCUUGUCCCCCAAUGCUUGGUACACUUAAUUCCAAACCACCGUGGGAUGAAUGAGGCUCAAAAAGCUCAGGCAAACACCAUGCACUAUAAUGGUCUUCCAAGCUCUAAGAUAAUGGGACUAAUGGUAGGCCAAGCUGGGGGUUAUGCUAAUGUCGGGUUCACAAAGAAGGAUCUGAAUAACCACAUUGAAAGAACUCGUCGUGCAAAGCUCAUUGGUGGGGAUUCUAAUGCAACAAUUAGCUAUCUACUUGGAAAAGCCGAUGUUGACCCCAUGGCCAUUGCAAGGUACAGUGCUACUGAUGAAAGUCGGCUGGCGAAUCUAUUUUGGGCAGAUGGCAUUUGUAGGGCGGAUUAUCAGUGCUUUGGAGAUGUGCUUGCAUUUGAUACAACCUAUCGGAAAAAUAAGUACAGAAGACCGUUGGUUAUCUUCUCGGGUUGUAACCAUCACCGUCAAACAUGCAUAUUUGGCUUUGCCUUGAUAGAGAAUGAACAAACAGCAACAUAUACGUGGUUGUUGCAAAACUUCUUAGAUGUCAUGCUGAACAAGUCUCCUAGUGUUGUGGUCACAGAUGGUGAUGAGGCAAUGAAGGCAGCAAUUCAAGAAAUCUUUCCAAAUGCAACUCACCGAUUAUGUGGUUGGCACAUUCAGAGAAAUGUAACAGCAAACAUAAAAAGCAAAGGUUUUUCCGACGACUUCAGAAGAUGUUUGUAUGCUCCAUGGCAUCCGAAUGAAUUUGAAGGAUAUUGGGAGAAUAUGAUAAAAAAAUAUGGGUUGGAGGAAAAUGAAUGGGUACUAGAUGAGUAUCAAAAGAGGAAAAGCUGGGCAAGCGCCUACUUGCGAGAUAAAUUCUGUGCUGGAUUUAGAACAACAUCAAGGUGUGAAGGGAUAAACAACUUCAUCAAGAGGUUUAUUGGCAUUCGUCAAAGUCUUUUAGAGCUAGUCCAGAAUCUUGAACAUGCUCUCAGGGAUUAUAGACAUAACGAAUUAGUUUCUCAAUUUAAGACGGUGUACGGAGAGCCUGUGUUAACAACUCGCUUAGCUGCAUUGGAGCUUUGUGCUGUAAAUUUUUACACACGGGAGAUGUUUGGCAAAGUAAAAACAGAAAUUGAAGGAGUGGCUGCAUUAGAUGUUAUAAAUGAGGAAAAUAUAUCAACUACUGUUGUUUUAAAAGUUAAGGAGUAUGACAGAGGGCAACAUAUAUACACCGUACUUUAUGAGCGCAACACCGAGAAUAUGGAGUGUGAAUGUAGUAGGUGGAGUAGUGAAGGCAUUCCCUGUAGCCACAUGUUUUGUGCCAUGAAAAGGCUAGGUUUACAGAAGUUGCCAGAAAGUCUUCUUUUGAGAAGAUGGUCCAAGGAUGCCAAAAAGUAUCCGGAUGAAAGUUCAGCUGGAAGCACUGUGCAAGAUGGAGAAAGAGAUUUUUUAAUGCGCUAUGGCGCAUUGUCAGUGGCAGCUACGUGGAUGGUAUUCUUAGGAGCUCAAGAUGGUCCUUCUUUCCAUGACACUAUGAAUGAAGUUUCUCGUUUGACCAAAAUACUAGAGCAAAAGUCGUGCUUGAAAAGAGGAACAAGAGAUUCUCCCAUGCCGAACUUUGUUGGUGACCCUUCAGUUGUCAAGACAAAAGGUGCACCAAAGGGAAAAAAAGAGAGUAGAAAACGGAGGUGCACUAAAUGCAACAAUGCUGGUCAUGUAAAGAAGAAUUGUCCUGUGAAGAAUGAGGGUGACAAUUUGGGUGAUAAGAUUAGUGGUGGCACACAGGCUAGCUUUGGUGUAGAAGAGGAGCUUCCCAAAGACCCUAUGGCUUCUCAAGGGACGCAAGCUAACAAUGAUGAUUUUCAGCAAAAAUAA